AUGGACGCAACAUAUAAAACAAAUAGGUACAGUAUGCCUCUCCUUGAGAUUGUCAGCGUGACUGCAACUAAUAUGACAUUUUGCAUAGCAUUCGUGUUCCUGCACUCAGAAAAAGUGUUCAAUUAUACUUGGGCUUUAAGAUGGCACAUCUAUAGGAGUAUUUUGAGCAAAUACAGGUCAUCAAUAACUGACAACGAAACUUGGAAUGCAUUCUUCAAAAUGUGGACUAAGUUGCUGGAAUCUGAAACUGAGAAUGCGUAUGUGUGCAAUUUGGCGGACCUUGAGGAGAUGUUUGUAUCCGCAUGGACCAACAAAUAUCUACAUUUUGGAAACCAAACAACUAAUAGAGUCAAGAGCCAGCAUGCCAAGUUGAAACGAUACUUGGAGUCAUCACAGUCAGAUUUGGUGACAUCACUGUCAUUUAUUCAUCACGUCAUCCAAUCACAAGACAUAGCUAUCAAAGCGAAUAUUGAGCAGAGCAAAACUAUCGUCCAACAUCGUUUCAAUAUACCGCACUUCCAAGAAUUAUGUGGUUUCGUUUCAAUCCACGCAUUGCAUCUGAUUUUGAAGAAAUUUGAGCAAUCUAAGAAUGCCGGAGAAGUUUCCUACAAAUGCGGAUGUCAAAUUCGUACGAGCUAUGGACUACCAUGUGCGCACGAGCAAGCAAUAUAUUUGAACGAUGGUCAGCCCAUACCAAUUAAUUCCAUAGAUAAUUUUUGGAGAAAACUUGACUUAUCACCGUGUGUGUCUCUUCAAGACGAUGACAUCGAUUGUGUCGUCGAUCUGCAAGUGUUCACGAAACAGUUUAAGCAGCAAACAAGGCAUGGCAAAUUCAAUCUUUUAAGGAAGUUGAGGGAGAUAAUCACACCAUCAACAACUUUAAUUCGUGAACCUGUUGUUAAGACGAAUACUUGUGGACGCCCCUCCUCGAAGAAAAAAGUUACAUCAAAUACUCGUGCUAAUCCGUCUGCAUUAGUGUUCGUUGAGUCUGAUUCCCCCCAUUCUCAGGAACCAAGCAGACACAAUUAUUCGUUUGGAGGCCUCGACUCGAAGAGCAGGGAAGACAUAUCCACUCUUGCUAAUAUGGCUAUAUUUGAGUUUGUUGAGCUAGAUAUUUUCCAGUUUCAGGAACCAGUGAGACACAGUUGCUCCUCUACUUACAACUACUCUGUACAUGCAUAUGUUCGUCAGUUUCCACCUACACUUCAUCCUUACAUUAUGCAUGUACAAUACGUAAAACCUUAUGGAAAUUGUGGCUUUCGGGCGAUAGCUGUCUAUCUUGGUCUUCACGAAGAUGCCUGGGCAGCUAUCCGUUAUAACUUAAUAGAAGAGUUGCACAUAUUCAGGACACAGUAUGUUGCAAUAUUUGGCAGUGAUGACCAGUGGACUCGUGUUUACAAUUCACUGAACUUCUUUGCAUUAGAUAGAGGAGCACCGAUUGAGCAUUGGAUGACUAUGCCCGACAUGGAUCUCUUGAUUGCUUCAAAGUUCAAUGUGAUAUUACACGUUUUAAGUGCUACACAGAGCUUCACGUAUUUUCCACUUCGAUCUACUCCACCACCGUCGUAUCAACAUAUCACAAUAUAUUACUCACUACUGUUAGAUGGAAAAGGGCGGCUUGAGCUACUACGACCGCUGUUUGGGGUCUUCCAUGUGUGUGGGUUUGUUUGUUUGGGGUCUUCCAUGUUGUGGCUUUGGUGUUUUGAGGUCUUCUAUGUUGUGGCUUUGGUGUUUGGGGUCUUUCAUGUUGUGGCUUUGUUUAUCUUUGGUGCUUGUGUUGUUUUUGCCUUAGAGUUGAUAUCCUCUUUCUCUGGACAUUCAAAACUCUAUUCAAAGUGA